UUCACUCUAUCGGCGUGUGUUGGAGGGGACGGGUUGUAGGAGUAACGAGUCGCCGGGCGGUAGCGCAUCACCAACGCCUUUCGAGGAAAAGAAACGCCGCGGAAAUCUGCGCCGCAGCCUCGAAGAAACGACCCCCCUCCCACCCGGUGACGACUUCUGUGAAAAUUAUUCAACGCGGCGACUGCGCCACACGCAUUCAGUGGUAUCCGAUGCUAGCGUGUUAGCAUCCCCGAAAACUGACGGGAUCAAGGUGUUGGUAGCCUGCUAGCCUCCCAGCUAAUUACCCAUCAGCUAGCAUCCUCCCGUCGUAGCAUCAUUAGCUCGCCUCUCCUCUCCGCGCACGUCGAGACCUCGCCGACGGUGGUGGUGGUGCCUGUCGGAGUCGUGAGCUCCGAAUCCCGCAUCCAGACAAAAACGGAGACCAACGGCGGACCGGCUGCUGCUGCUGGAGACAACGUCUGCGUUGCAAUAGUUGACACCAUCACACCCAUCUCCCCAACCCCUUCACCUCCGCCCCUCUAUCCUCCACCCGAAACACUGGAAAUCCACAAGCGGCCGGAGAGCGGCGAAGGGCCGGCGAAGCUGGGGGUGGUAACGCUACCGGACUCGCAGGGAGUCAUCCCGGCUACAGACAAGCUCAGCCGUGGGGAUCUACCGACAAGUAUGGACGGGCUAGCCGUGGAAGUUCGCGGCUCGAACGGGGCCUUCUACAAGGGUUACAUCAAAGACGUCCAUGAAGACUCGCUCACAAUUGUAUUUGAAAACAACUGGCAGCCAGAAAGACAGUUGCCCUUCAGCGAUGUGCGGUUGCCCCCGCCGACCGAUUACCACAAGGACAUCGGUGAAGGAGAGGAGGUGGAGGUCUACUCCAGGGCCAACGAGCAGGAGCCGUGUGGCUGGUGGCUGGCGCGGGUCAGGAUGAUGAAGGGCGAGUUCUACGUGAUCGAAUACGCGGCGUGCGACGCCACGUACAACGAGAUCGUCACAGCGGAGCGCAUCAGGCCUCUAAACCCCAACAGCCCCUCCUCUCGAAACUCCUUCCACAAGGUCCCCAUCCCAGUCCCAGAAGACCUGCGGGACAUCUGUGCAAAUGACAGCAUUCACAAAGACUUCAGGAAAGCUAUCGGAGCCAACUGCAUCUUCUACAGCGCCCAGACACACGAACUCAUUGUCCUGUCUACGAACGACACCACAGUAAAGCGUGCCACUCUCCUGAGCGACAUGCACUUCCGCAGCAUCCGCACCAAGCUCAUGCUAAUGUCCCGUAACGAAGAGGCCACCAAACACCUGGAGACGAGUAAGCAGCUGGCGUCAGCGUACCAGGAGGAGGUGCGGGUCAGGGAGGACCUGAUGGGCCUCGCCAUCGGCUCGCACGGCGCCAACAUCCAGCAGGCCAGGAAGGUGCCCGGCAUCACCGCCAUCGAGCUGGAGGAGGAAAGCUGCACCUUCAGGAUCUACGGAGAGACCCCAGAGGCUGUCAAGCAGGCCCGAGAGUAUCUGGAAUUCAAAGAGGACUACUUUCAGGUACCCAGGAACCUCGUAGGCAAAGUCAUCGGCAAGAACGGCAAAGUCAUCCAGGAGAUCGUGGACAAGUCGGGCGUGGUGCGCGUCAGGAUCGAGGGGGACAACGACAAAAAGCUUCCCCGGGAGGAGGUAGGCAGGCAGGGGGCUGGCAGGGACGACACUGCCGGCAGCAAAGAGGGCAUGGUUCCCUUCGUCUUUGUGGGAACUAAAGAGAACAUCAGCAACGCUCAGGCUCUGCUGGAGUACCACGUGUCCUACCUCCAGGAGGUGGAGCAGCUGCGCCUGGAGCGCCUCCAGAUCGACGAGCAGCUCCGUCAGAUCGGCGUCGGCUACCGGAACCCCCCCAGCAGGACCGGCGGCCCCGGCAACGAGCGCGAGAAGGGCUACCUGACCGACGAGAGCAGCAACUCGCUGCACGCGCCGCGCAGCUACGGCGGCCGCGGCCGAGGCCGCCGCGCCUCCAACAGCCAGUACUCCGGAUACGGCACAAACUCCGAACUGUCCAACGCCUCCGAGUCGGAGGACGUCAACGACCGAGACCAGCGGCCCCGCGGCGUCGGCAACGACGAGAGGGGCUCCCGACGGGGGGGCCGCGGCCGGGGCGCCAACUCAGGACGGGGGCGGGGAGGGCCCGCGGCCAAGCCCUCCAACUCCAUCAGCUCAGUGCUGCGGGACCCCGACAGUAACCCCUACUCGCUGCUGGAGGGCGAGGGAGAGCUGGCGGACGCCGACAUCAGCGACGGCACGGGAGGAGACCGCCGCCGGCGGUCCAGACGCCGCCGCAACGACCAGGAGCCCAGCCUGAUGGACGCCGCCACCGAGUCGGACGGCCAGGCGGGCCCCAGCGAGAACGGACUGGACGAGGAGGCGCGACCUCAGCGCCGCAACAGAAGCCGCCGCCGCCGCAACCGCGGCAGCCGCCCAGAGGGAGGCUCAGCCAGCCGCGACCGGCAGCCGACCGAGAGCGUGACCGUCGCCGACUACAUAUCCCGAGCCGAGUCCCAGAGCAGACAGAACCUGCCCCAGAAGGAGAACCACACCGGCCCCGAGCCCAAGGAAAACGGCACCAGUGCUAAAAAGGACGAGCGGACGCCCUCCAAGCGUUCCCCCAGCAACGGCGUGGCCUCGGCCGGCGAGAGCCUGACCCUGGUCAACGGGGUGUCGUAGAGCGGCCGGCCCCCCCACAGCCCCAACCAAACCCACGUCUAGAGCAAGACUCCAUGGCAAACUCUGUCCCUGCUUGCAUUAACUUAAAACCUUAAAACCGAUGAGUGAAAAAGUACCUGACAAAAUACCUGAAUUCAUACUACGAGAGUGAAAAAGUACAAAAAAACGACAAACGCAUCUACUUAAAAACACACGUUAACGGUGUAUGCUAUCCUAUCUAUCAGUACUUAGUGCUUAUUUAAAAAAAAAAAAAGAAGAAAAAAAAAAAAAGAAACCACACGACUAGCUUGCCAAAAAAGAGCUGGUGGAUAUGACUUGAUUUCUAAGAAUACUGAAACACGAGAAACAGGACGAGACUCUUUUUGUUGUUUUUGGAAACAAUUGUCUUUAUUUGUGUCUAUUUUUUUUUUUUGUUUUGUUUUGUUUUGUUUUGUUAAAAGUUUUAUUUCGUUCAUUGUUUAUCACUGGUUCGGACUCGGCGGUCGCUCUCUCAACCAAAACAGACGCGUCUCUUAAACAGUGUUAGGAAGUUGAGGACGGGGCGAGGUGUGGAAGGCCGUAGGGAGCGGCGCUCGAGCCCGCGUGACGCCGCGCCGCGCCGAGCGACCACAGACCGGCGGAUUGGAAUACUGAGACAUUGUGCCUUGAAUUUAAAAAAAAAAAAAAAAAA